AUGCAACAUGUGUCCCCAGCGCCUGCAGUGACGAUGAUGGCCACCCGCGUUCCUCCUCCAUCGUACCAGGAGAGCCAACAGAUGACGGGCACCACUCAGCAGAACACCAAGACCCCGCAGGUCCACCUCCCAGCAGCCUCUGCGGCGGGGAACACCUCCGUCAGCGUGACCCUUGACCCCCAGGCGCAGCUGGAGUCUGACAAGCGGGCGGUCUACAGACACCCGCUGUUCCCUCUGCUGGCCUUGCUGUUUGAGAAAUGUGAGCAGGCCACGCAGGGAUCCGAAUGCAUCACGUCCGCCAGCUUCGACGUGGACAUCGAGAACUUUGUGCACCAGCAGGAGCGAGAACACAAACCCUUCUUCAGCGAGGACCCGGAACUGGACAAUCUGAUGGUAAAGGCCAUCCAGGUGUUGCGGAUCCACCUGCUGGAGCUGGAAAAGGUCAAUGAGCUCUGCAAGGACUUCUGCAACCGCUACAUCACUUGCCUCAAGACCAAGAUGCACAGCGACAACCUCCUGCGCAACGACCUGGGAGGGCCCUACUCUCCGACGCACACCAGUCUCAGCAUGCAGCAGGAACUAAUUCAGACCUCCUCUCCAUCCAUGACCUCUGUCUCCAGCUCUGUUAACCCUUCAGGGAUUGUGGUGCCCGCCGGGGGGCUCCAACAGGGCAACGUCGCCAUGACCACCAUCAACUCCCAAGUGGUAUCAGGUGGGACCCUGUACCAGCCGGUUGCCAUGGUGACAUCGCAAGGGCAAGUGUUAACGCAGGCGCUGCCGCCGGGAACCAUCCAGAUCCAGAACUCCCAGGUGAACGUGGACCUGUCGUCCCUGUUGGACAGCGAGGACAAGAAGUCCAAGAACAAGAGGGGGGUCCUGCCCAAGCACGCCACCAACAUCAUGCGCUCCUGGCUCUUCCAGCACCUCAUGCACCCGUACCCCACAGAGGACGAGAAGAGGCAGAUCGCAGCACAGACCAGUCUCACCCUGCUGCAGGUCAACAACUGGUUCAUCAACGCUCGCCGGCGCAUCCUGCAGCCGAUGCUGGACGCCAGCAACCCCGACCCGGCCCCCAAGGCCAAGAAGAUGAAGUCCCAGCACCGGCCCACCCAGCGCUUCUGGCCCGACUCCAUCGUGGCCGGAGUCCUGCAGACCCACAGAUCGCAGGGCGGAAACAACUCAGACAACCCCCUGAGCAUGGACAGCCUCCAGUCCCUGUCCUCGGACUCGGCCACGCUGGCCAUGCAGCAGGCCAUGCUGGGAGCGGACGACUCCAUGGACGGAACGGAGGAGGAGGACGAGGAGGAGGAAGAGGAGGAGGAGGAGGAGGAGGGGAUGGAGGAGGAAGAGGAGGAGGAGGAGGAGGACGGCGAGGAGGAGCCGGACAGGGGGAGGCAGCUGUCCGGCCGGGGCGGCGGGCGGCAGGAUGCGGGCAUGGAGCACCCGGAGGAGCUGGAGUAG